CUGCGGCAGGGACGCGCCUGAUUGGAUGUUCGACUCUGCGUGUUUUCCGCAUGGCAACGCUACCUUCGCGCCACAAGAAAAACAUAAAAAAGGUAGACGGGGAAGAAGCGCUGCGAGCAAGCCGGCGGGGACCGGAAUUUACGACACCUGGCUGCUCGUCACGCAACGUGGACGCCGGUGGGCUUGACAGAGCGUGUCGCCAUGACAGCAGAGGAGACCAUCAACAUCAAGGAGGCGGAGGUGGUCAAGCUGGUCCUCGACUUCCUCAGCUCCAGGAAGCUGCACAUCAGCAUGCUGGCCUUGGAGAAGGAGAGCGGCGUCAUCAACGGGCUCUACUCCGAUGACAUGCUCUUCCUCAGGCAACUCAUUCUGGAUGGUCAGUGGGAGGAAGUGAUGCAGUUCAUUCAGCCUCUAGAAGGGCUGGACACGUUUGACAAGAAAAGAUUUCGCUACAUCAUUCUGAAGCAGAAGUUUCUCGAGGCGCUGUGUGUAAAUAACGCCAUGUCUGCAGCCGAAGACCCUCAACAUCUGGAGUUCACCAUGCAGGAGGCCGUCAAGUGCCUCCACAAUCUGGAGGAGUUCUGCCCCUCCAAGGAGGACUACAGCAAGCUCUGUCUCCUCCUGACGCUGCCUCGACUCACCCACCACGCCGAGUUCAAGGACUGGAACCCGAGCACGGCGCGUGUCCACUGCUUCGAGGAGGCCCUCGCCAUGGUGGCCGAGUUCAUCCCGGCUGACAGGAAGCUGAGCGAGGCGGGCUUCCGGGCGAGCGGGAACCGCCUCUUCCAGCUGCUCAUUAAAGGGAUCCUGUAUGAGUGCUGUGUGGAGUUCUGUCAGAGCAAAGCAACCGGAGAAGAGAUCACAGAAGGCGAGGUAUUGCUCGGCGUAGACCUGCUCUGCGGGAACGGUUGCGACGAACUGGAUCUGUCGCUGCUGUCCUGGCUGCAGAACCUUUCCCCGGGUGCCUUUUCAUGCGCCUUUCAGCAACAGACCCUCAACAUCCACGUGGACCGCCUGGUGAAGCCCAGCAAGGCGGGCCACGCCGAUCUCCUCACUCCGCUCAUCAACCGUCUCUCGCCCUGCCCGACCUCACCUUUCCGCCAGCGGCCUCACUCAGCCGACACCUACAUGUCCAGGUCUUUGAACCCGGCUCUGGACGGGCUGUCCCACGGCUUAGCGGCCCAGGACAAGAGAGGAACGGAGGCCGCUGUGAAAUCUGCUCUCAGUCGUAGCCUGGUGGAGAACAAUGUUCAUCAGUUGGACGACUCACCCGAGAGAAAGCACCCACGGGGACUGGAAGGUCCCAAGACCACACGCACACCUCUGACUCCUGGGAGAGACGGUGGAACGGCUUCGUGCACAGAGACACUUGAGCGGCGUGACUCCACGGAGCACAUGCAGGAGUAUUACAGGCAGCGUCUGCGUGUGCAGCAGCAUCUGGAGCAGAAGCAGCAGCAGAGGCAGCUUUACCAGCAGAUGCUGCUUGAGGGAGGAGUUAAACCGCAAGAUGGAGCCCAAAACAACCUGACAGAGACCUUCCUUACUCGAUCCAUCCAGAAACUGGAGGAGAUGAAUGUUGGCAUCGAUGAGGUGACACAGCAGUGGAAUGGACUGGCAGGUGACACCACAGACCCAGAGGUGAUGCACAGGCCAAAGCCAGGAGGUGUAAACAGCACAUUAGGCAAUGGUCAUCAUGACCUGCAAUACCCCAGUGAGCCUCCAGUUCUUGCAAGUGCGGAGAAGACUGUAGGGCCCGUACAAGAUGAUUCCGGCAGCCAUGUGACACGUUGCACAGCACAGCAGCCAGGAAAGUCCAAAACCCAGUUUGUUAAAGUGAACCAGCUGGAAGACACGCAGGCAGUACGAUCUGUAGCCUUCCAUCCCUCUGGGUCACUUUAUGCCGUUGGUUCCAACUCUAAAAUUCUGAGAGUUUGUGCCUAUCCUGACGUACUGACAACCAGCACUUGGGAUGCAGUCAAGCAGCCGGCGGUGCGCUUCAGGAGGAACAAACACCACAAAGGCUCCAUUUACUGUGUCGCCUGGAGCCACUGUGGACAGCUGCUGGCCACCGGCUCCAAUGACAAAUAUGUCAAAGUUCUGCCUUUUAAUGCUGACAGCUGUAAUGCAACAGGUCCCGAUCUUGAGUUCAGCAUGCAUGACGGUACCAUCAGGGACUUGGCUUUCAUGGAGGGUCCCGAGAGUGGAGGGUCCAUCUUGAUUAGCGCCGGAGCUGGAGACUGCAACAUCUACACCACUGACUGCCAGAGAGGCCAAGGCCUUCACGCCCUGAGUGGGCAUACUGGCCACAUUCUGACUCUGUAUACAUGGGGAGGAUGGAUGAUCACUUCUGGAUCCCAGGACAAGACAGUCCGCUUCUGGGACCUGCGGGUGCCCAACUGUGUACGUGUGGUGGGCACAACCCUGCACGGCUCAGGAAGCGCUGUGGCCACAGUAGCAGUAGAUCCUAGCGGCCGCCUACUCGCCAGUGGCCAGGAGGACAGCACCUGCAUGCUCUAUGACAUCAGAGGAGGCCGCAUCGUCCAGACUUACUGUCCCCACAGCAGCGACAUCCGCUCGGUACGCUUCUCCCCCGGAGCUCAUCAUCUCCUCACCGGAUCCUACGACAACAAAAUCAUCAUCAGUGACCUGCAAGGUGACCUCACAAAAGCGCUCCCUCAGACGCUGGCAGGGGAACACUGGGACAAGGUGAUCCAGUGUAGGUGGCAUCCCAAAGACAGAGCCUUCCUCUCUUCCUCAGCUGACCGCACCGUCGUCCUAUGGGCCCCCGGGGAGAGUCCGGGUGCUCAACGGAAAACGCAGGAGAUGGCUCCAUGAGCUGGGCAAACGCCUAGAGAUGCCCUACGUCAACAACACGGUCGGCGGCCCGUCGGUGCGCAGCUCGUACAUCGCCGCCCUCUACUUCACCCUCAGCAGCCUGACCAACGUCGGCUUUGGCAACGUGUGCACCAACACGGACGCCGAGAAGAUCUUCUCCAUCUGCACCAUCCUCAUCGGCGGUAUGCCGAACGCCUCGUAUGGAAUAACGUGAUUGGGUAGGCACGCUGUUUAUAUCGUGGGAAAGCGGACGUGAAACAAGGCUGUCCUCACUCAGGUCCGCAUGGAGCUGGAGGGGGCGUGGCCUCCAGCUCCGGCUGAAAAUCCGGAGAUUUUCGGGAGAAUAUUUGUCCCGGGAGGUUUUCGGGAGAGGCGCUGAAUUUCGUGAGUCUCCCGGAAAAUUCAGGAGGGUUGGCAAGUAUGUGUGCAAUCCACUAAUAAAAGUUUAAAUCAAUCAAUCAAUCGACUUCGGUCUAAAGGGCAAUGCCACCUGUUCGCGAUUUUUCGCGUCAUCUUUGGUCGAGCUACGUCAUUCAUGUGCGCAGGAAAAGGCGCACACGAAAAGGAAAAGGGGGAAUCAUUUUGCAAUGCAGUUUGCUGGAAAUUAUGGAAAGCGCCACUCUACAUAGCAACUGAUGCUGUGGUCAAAGUUGGAAUUGACACAAAAGACACUCUAAGCUAUUCUACAUUCUACUGCCAUUUAGCGGGUAAAGUGGAUUAGCAAAAAGACCUCAACGGCGGAGUGGUUGCAUAGAAGCUUCGCAACGGUCACAAAGGCGGUAGAAGGCUGCAGCAAAGAUGGCCCCCCAAUUGUCUUGAUCUCCAUGCCAUUGGACCCUGGCCUUCUCUUUGCCAAGAACAGUGUGGUGACUGUCUGUGCACCAGUCUCCCCACUUUAAAAUAUUCCAUGCACAGGCGUUCUCCUGAAGGCAAUCCCACCAACAGGAAGACAAUCAUACUCGUUUCGAGUGAUCGCCGCCGACGACGAAAGUGGAUCCGCGCUGCAACUAACGACUAUUUUGAUUGUCGACUAAUCAUCGACUAUCUUAACGAUUAGUCGACUAUAGUCGGAUUAUAAAGCGUUCACAUAUUCAGCGGCUCUUUUUUAGCCAUGGACUUUUAAAUUUAGCUUGAGAUAUUUCUAGGCAUAAUAACAAAGAUGACUAAUUUGUUCAAAGAUAUUUAUUUAUACUGUAACUGUAGAGCUCAAUAGGCUGUUACAAAAAUGUAAAUAACGAUUAACAUUUUCUCCAAUUAAAAGUAAGCACUAAAAUAACCAAACAUUUGGUGAUUAUUGAUUAACUCCUGGCAUUUUUAUCAAUCCAAUAGACUCAAUGCAUAUAAUGGUAUCAUUGAUUAAUACUUAACAUUUAGCCAUUUAAUAGGUUGUAUAUUCAAUGUUAUGAUAUCGGCGCAUUGGGGCCUACUGAUUAGUGCGCUCGUGUGUGGGUUUGACAUUCGUUUUUGUGCCUUUCUUCGUUGAAUUGCAAAUUGACGCUGCUUUAAAAAAGUACCUGGAUGGAUUUAGACAAAGUUUAGCUGGUGGACUUUGGCUAAAAUGAUAUUUUAAUAAAUUUUUCACACAUACUUCGCAAGAUACAAGCGAAGGAAGUUCAAACCGCAUCUUCCAGAUGUCCGACAUUUCUCCGCUUUUAAUGCUCCCGUAUCACAGGUGUAGUGUCAUAAAAGGCCUACUCAGUGGCCUAGUGGUUAAAGUGUCCGCCCUGAGGUCGGUAGGUUGUGAGUUCAAACCCCGGCCGAGUCAUACCAAAGACUAUAAAAAUGUGACCCAUUGCCUCCCUGCUUGGCACUCAGCAUCAAGGGUUGGAAUUGGGGGUUAAAUCACCAAAAAUUAUUCCCGGGCGCGGCCACCGCUGCUGCUCACUACUCCCCUCACCUCCCAGGGGGUGAUCACGGGUGAUGGGUCAAAUGCAGAGAAUAAUUUCGCCACACCUCGUGUGUGUUUGACAAUCAUUGGUAUUUUCACUUUUUAAAUUGAAUAAAAACAAGGUCUGCUUUGCAAAAUGAGCGAAGUAAUCAUAUUUUUAACAAGAAUAGGAGGAAAUAUUCCCACUCUUGUUUUAACCCCGAUGCGAGUGGCGGUGCUGACUUUUUGGAAAAACACAUGUGAUGAUGUCACGACUAUGCCGCCAAAUGUAUUUGUUGGCGACAAAUUUUAUCGCCGACUUUUGUCGACAAUGUGGACGACUCGUUGCGCCCCCAAAGUGGAUAGUGCACUCCCCCAAAUCGUCCCAUUUCAUGUGUCAGGUAAACCGCGAAGAAUGGGGUCAUGUGAAUCCCGUUCCUACUGUAUUGGAUAAAACACUAACAACUAUUUGCUUUUGUCAUUUAUAAUUUCUUCUGAUAAAUGUCCUGACAUUUCAAUGUCAAUCAAUCAAUCAAUGUUUACUUAUAUAGCCCUAAUUCACGAGUGUCUCAAAGGGCUGCACAAGCCACAACGACAUCGUCGGCUCAGAUCCCACAUCAGGGCAAGAAAAACUCAACCCAAUGGGCCAAUGAGAAACCUUGGAGGGGACUGAGAUGUGGGGACCCCCCCCCUGGACGACCGGUGCAAUGGACGUCGAGUGGAUCAAGCAUAAUAGUGUGAGAGUCCAGUCCAUAGUGGAUCUAACAUAAUAGUGAGAGUCCAGUCCAUAGUGGAUCUAACAUAAUAGUGAGAGUCCAGUCUAUAGUGGAUCUAACAUAAUAGUGAGAGUCCAGUCUAAAGUGGAUCUAACAUAAUAGUGAGAGUCCAGUCUAUAGUGGAUCUAACAUAAUAGUGAGAGUCCAGUCUAUAGUGGAUCUAACAUAAUAGUGAGAGUCCAGUCUAUAGUGGAUCUAACAUAAUAGUGAGAGUCCAGUCUAUAGUGGAUCUAACAUAAUAGUGAGAGUCCAGUCUAUAGUGGAUCUAACAUAAUUGUGAGAGUCCAGUCUAUAGUGGGGCAUUUCUCCCCCAAAGAAACAUAAACGGGGAAUCUCCACACCUGAAAUGUUAAUGUAGAAGCCUAUUAGACAGAGUCCAGUGGCCUCGAUUCAACCUUUGUGGGUUAAAGUAACAGUAAGAAAUAAUGCUCUCAUUAAAGGAUCGCUUUAAAAUCACGUGGAAAGUGAACUGGAUUGUAAUACGAAAUAUUAUAUAUCUUUGUGUGCAGUUUUUGCACUGUAAAAAGUCAGUGUUCAAAAAACAAGAAAAAAACAAACAAAAAUUAGGGGUAUUUUAUUUGAACUAAGCAAAAUUAUCUGCCAAUUGAACAAGAAAAUUUGGCUUGUCAAGACUUCCCAAAACAAGUAAAAUUAGCUAACCUCAAUGAACCCAAAAAUACCUUAAAAUAAGUAUAUUCUCACUAAUAAGUGCACUUUUCUUGGUAGAAAAAAAAGAGACAUUUUUGCUCAAUAUGUUGAAAAAUAUUCUUAAAUUAAAUAAAUGCUAGUGCCAUUAUCUUGACAUAAUGAUAUGCGCUCAGCAUCAUGAUUUUUUUUUCAUGCUUGAAGUAAGAAAUUAUUACUUUAAAAAAGUAGUUUUAUAUGUGUGAGUGUUAAUGACACAUUUUUGCAUCAGUUGAUAUUCUAGUUUCAGCAUGUUUUACUCAAUAUAGGUCAUAAAAUCUCAGCAACAAGCUGUAAUAUCUUAUUGAGAUAAUUUAGGAGCAAAACCCUUAAAACAAGUAAAACACUCUAACAUAAAAUCUGCUUAGUGAGAAGAAUGAUCUUAUCAGACAGAAAAUAAGCAAAUAUCACCCUUAUUUGAGAUAUUUAAUCUUACUUAGAUUUCAGUUUUUGCAGUGUGGACUGUCUCGAAUAUUCUUCAUUUUGAAACAAAUUGUCCUUACUGUUGCUAAAUCGAGACAGCUCAUGCCUUCUCUGCUGGGCUGGAAUGCAAAGAUAAUGAGAACGCAAUGCAAUUAUACCCGCAGGCGACGCGGUACGAUGCGGCUGCGUAUGGCCCACAGCAUGGCGACGGUGAUCCGAACCACCCCCCAAAAUCCAAUCAUUUCGCAUAUUUCCUGAAAGUUCAUCAAAAUCUCUCCAUGUCUUUUUGAGCUAUGUUUCUAACAAACACGCAAACAGCAUUUUAUGUUUUGAACACAAAUGUCAUUGUGUGCUAUGCUGAGGAAUGAGUCCAUAUUUGUUACAUAACGUGCCUUUUUAAAGUAUUUUUUUAGAGGUUUGUGGAUUAUUGUAUUGUAUUAAGUGAACUAUCUAUUUAUGUGGCUUAUCUAUUUGACCACUUGCCUUGACACACGUACUUUCUUGUAGUUUUGUGCACAUUUUUCCCGCUGUGUUAGUAUGGAAAGUACGAGCAAUACGAGGUGAUAUGAUCACGUUGCACAUGUAUCCUCCUGAGAGCCAGCGUCCUCUACAGUGGACAUUUGUCUUUUGCAUAAGAGAACUACCGUAUUUUUUGGGACAAUAAGCCACUAUAUAAAUAUAUAUAUAUAUAUAGCUCGGUUGGUAGAGUGGCCGUGCCAGUAACUUGAGGGUUCCAGGUUCGAUCCCCGCUUCUGCCAUCCAAGUCACUGCCGUUGUGUCCUUGGGCAAGACACUUUACCCACCUGCUCCCAGUGCCACCCACACUGGUUUAAAUGUAACUUCGAUAUUGGGUUUCACUAUGUAAAGCACUUUUAGUCACUAGUGAAAAGUACUAUAUAAAUAUAAUUCACAAUUCACUACUUUUUACCCAAGCUUUGAACCCUGCGGCUUAUACAAAGAUGCGGCUAAUCUAUGGAUUUUUCUUUGCAAACGGCUAAAUUAUGGAAUGGAUUUUGCAAAUAAAUCAAACAAUGUACUAAUAUGAUCCACUUUAAGAAACUCAAAGUGUUUACAAAGUACAAGGAAGAAGAAUCCCGAUAAACAUCUUGAAACGUAUUAAAAAAGUAGAACAUAGUUGACUUUUUACUGCCGUGUUGCAGGCACAAUUUGUAAACAAUUAAGUUAUUUACAAAAUCUUUCUGUGUAAAUAUCUCAUUUCACGAAGUACCUGUAUAUACGCUAUAUUGCCAAAAGUAUUUGGCCACCUGCCUUUACUCACAUAUGAACUUGAAGUGUCAUCCCAUGGAAUUGUCCAAAAUGUUUUGGUGUCCUGGAGCAUUCAAAGUUCUUUUCACUGGAACUAAGGGGCCAAGCCCAACUCCUGAAAAACUAACCCCACACCAUAAUUCCUCCUCCACCAAAUUUCACACUCGGCACAAUGCAGUCCGAAAUGUAGCGUUCUCCUGGCAACCUCCAAACCCAGACUGGUCCAUCAGAUUGCCAGAUAGAAAAGCGUGAUUCAUCAGUCCAGAGAAGGCGUCUCCACUGCUCUAGAGUCCAGUGGCGACGUGCUUUACACCACUGCAUCCCACGCUUUGCAUUGGACUUGGUGAUGUAUGGCUUAGAUGCAGCUGCACGGCCAUGGAAACCCAUUCCAUGAAGCUCUCUGCGUACUGUACGUGGGCUAAGUGGAAGGUCACAUGAAGUUUGGAGCUCUGUAGCAACUGACUGUGCAGAAAGUCUUUGCACUAUGCGCUUCAGCAUCCGCCGACCCCUCUCUGUCAGUUUACGUGGCCUACCACUCGGUGGCUGGGUUGCUGUUGUUCCCAAACUCUUCACUUUUCUUAUAAUAAAGUGGACUUUGGAAUAUUUAGGAGCGAGGGAAUUUCACGGCUGGAUUUGUUGCACAGGUGGCAUCCUAUGACAGUUCCACGGCCCAUUCUUUCACAAAUGUUUGUAGCCUAAGUGCUUGAUUUUAUACACCGGGACACCUGAUUCUCAUCAUUUGGAUGGGUGGCCAAAUCCUUUUGGCAAUAUAGUGUAUCUGUGGCUUGUAGUGUGUGGCUAAUAUAUGGGGAAAACAAAUGUUCCUGUAAAAUUUUGUGGGUGCGGCUUAUAUACCUGUGCAGCUUAUAGUCCGGAAAAUGCGGUGUUUAUUUUUGACAUUGCGUAACUCUGACUAAAGAAAUAGAUCAAAAACAAAUGUCCAUUGUAGUAAUGGGAGAAAAUGUGUGUUUCAUUGCACACAAAGACAAUGAAUUAAUUGCACCGUUUUCUGACAAAAAAAGAAUAGCACAACUUCAUUGUGUUGGACAAGAUAGUUACCGGUAAACAAGGAAAGUAUUUCCUUUGAAACAAAACUUAAUGAGAUAGCAGGAACAUUGCAAAGGGCAUUUAAGACCGAACUUAAUUAUGCACUUAAUAAGCAGAGCAUGUGCGAUUACGACACUUGAUUCAGUGAAAGGUUGCGUGUGGCUGAGAGAACGUGUCAAAACGAUUACGUCAUUACACCUAACACCUGACCUCACUAUACAUGUGCUCUAUCACACCAUGUUGUCGUCGCUCUGAUGACUAAGCUGCCAUUACGUAGUUCAACAGGUUGAAAUAAAGCAGUGGAACAAAAGAAAUGAUCGAAUAAAGUUGGACUUUACAUCAACACACUUGCUUUGGUUUGAUUGACGCGAGGUUAACGAGGCGUUGAAACAACGUGUGGUUCCUGUUUCUGAAGAAUUUACACA